AUUGAGUUGUAAAUGUCAAUUUGGUGGCAUUAAGGCAUAGUGGGAUGAAAUGUGUAGUGUAGUGAUAGGUUUACAAAUUAGGUGUAAUAGUGGAGACUAGAAUAGGACAGAGUGAGAACUUGCUUCAAAGGUUGCUAAACUUGAUUUCAACUUUUGGGAACUUAAAUUUUACUCAAAGAUCAUACCAAACAAACUCAGUGGUACAUGCUUUGUAAAAUGGUAUAUCAGACACUUGACUUCCAUUCACAAAUUCAUGUCAUGCAAACUAGAAAGAAAAAGAGAAAGAUUCAUAUAGAUUCUCAGAUAUGGCAUGCUUUGAGAGAGGAUCUCCAGCUCUAAAGGAAAUCCUGCUCAAACUAUACCGUGCUCAAAAGCCCAUGGAGAUUGAUCAUCACUUGUAUGAAUUUGGGUCAGUGGAAUACCAUGUACAGUGUCCAGCAUCAGAUCCACAGCUUACUUACUUGUCAAUAUCAACGCCACUACUGUCCCAAGGAGUGUUGCAAUCAUAUGGGCUUUCACAUUAUACCAUACAGAUGAUAGAGGGAAUCUGUUCUGAUGUUGUGGAGAUUGUUGAACCUGCAAAACAAGGAUACCAACUUACUCUAAGACUGGACUUUUCGAAAAUUCCAAAGAAAAAAGAUUCUGAAAAGAUAAUUGCAAAGAUUUCUGCUGUGCAAGCAGUAAUAAUAAGUUCCCAGCUGAAGGAGAUGUUGCAGAAUGUCAACUCCCAGGAUACAAAUCAAGGAAUGAACAAACCCAUCAAACUAGUAUAUCACCCUAGAGAACCUUUCUUUGUUAUUAAACAGCCCCAGAAAAUCAUAGCAAUAUUCCCAAUGCGAUUCAAAGAAGAUUCAGAUGUGAUUAUUGCAACAGCAUUCUUUCAGGAACUCAUGGAUGUAGGUAGUUCUGAAAAAUGGGCAAAAGCACCUCCUUGCAGCUGGUCACCAAUUCCUCCUCCAGAAUUGAGAGGAGAAACUUUUGAUGAUUUGAGCACCAAUGGAGGAUUUGUUUCUUUUGAUAUAUGUUCACGUCAUGUGGAGAAAAAACGACUAGACAAAACAGUUUGGAGUUUAUUGAACUUCUAUGCCUAUGUUAAAUAUCAUGUAAAGAGCACCAGAGGUUUCAUUCAAAGAAGAAUGAGAAAACGAUUGGAAAGACUAGUUCAGGUCCUGCACACGCCGAGCUCAGGAGAAAUAGAAACAAAAACCAACAAGGUUAAAGCAGAACGUAGGUUCAUGACAAAGCUGGUCAAAUUAACUAAAUCUAAUGUCAUCAAACGAAAAUGUGGAGAUCUUAGCAAGAAGAUCAAGAGAAUCCGUUUCCGAAUUAAAAUCCUUGGAUUUGGGCGUUUUCGUCAACAAUGGUUGAAAAUGCCAAGCUUUUCUUCUUCAAAAGGAUAUACCAAAUUGGAAUAAUUUAUUUUGCAUCACCAAAUGUAACUAUUUUACAACUGCAACUAGGAUCCUAAGAGAAUUUACAUAUGUACUUUCAAUAUUGCAUGGUAACAAAGAUCUUACAAAUGCUUCACUCCAUCUAUUGUAACAACACCUUGAUGUUCAUGUUCAUCUCUUACUUAAA